AUGAACAACACCAGCACCGACGGCAACUGCGGUUCCAACUCCGACACCGACGCGACGUGUCUGGGCUCCACGUACGGCGACUGCUGCUCGUCCAAAGGAUACUGCGGCGAUACAUCGGCGUACUGCGCGGAAGGAUGUCAACUGGAGUUUGGAGAGUGCAGUGACGGCAGUGUCCAGACAAUCAGCACGACAGGCAGCUGUGGCUCGACGCUGACCAGCAAUGUGACCUGUCUGGGCAGUACAUAUGGCGACUGCUGCUCGGGCAAGGGCUACUGUGGAGGGAACUCCAGUUACUGCGGCUCUGAGUGUCAGUCGGGCUUUGGCAAUUGCGGUCUGGACUCUGUAACUGCAAGUCCCAGUCCCAGUUCCAGUCCGACUGCUGCCCCAGAGGAUGGGUUGAGUAAGGGCGCCAUUGCGGGCAUCGGCGUCGGCGCUGCGGUGGGUGGACUGGCGAUAAUUGCACUGCUGGUUUGGUUUUUCAUCCGGAGGAGGAAAGCAAUCUCCGUUAAAGCAGACGAAAAGAGAGACAUCAAGCAGGAUGUUUCAAAUGUUUCAAGUUCAGAGAUGCACGAGCUGAACGGGGCGGAGAUGCACGAAAUGGAGGCAAAGGGGCCCACACAAGCUCCUGUUGAGCUCCCUUCUCAUUAA